UUUUUCCGAGACGUCUCCUUUUCGACUUCCGUGUCGUUCGUUGCGGUACAAAACUUUUCGCUUGUCGAUGUACGGUGUACGGUAUACAAAGGUAGAUAAACCCUACGAAAAAAAAGGACAAUAUCGAUAAACACGAUCGACUUUCGCGCAAUUUGGAGGCAAACGUGUUUGUCCUUUGCUCUAAAUUUGAAUUAUGAGUCUUCCUUUCAACGGAGUCCUCUGACAUCGAUCGGAACGUAGGCAACGACCUCGGCACAGCCGCAAAGGCAAACCAUCCUGGACCCUUCGGACAAGUAUCGACCAGAGACUGUUUACGCGGGAAAACUGGAGAGCAACUUCAGGGAUUACUCCGAGGACCCGACCGAUCCGGUAAAGGAGCGGGUUCGAAAGACCUACGAAAAAAUGCAUGCUAAUCAAACGGUCGAGUUUGUAAAGUCUCGCAUGAAAGAAUGGCUGCGAUUCGACAAGGCCAAGAUGACUAUAAAGGACUCGUUGAUCAAGUUGAACGACUUGGUGGACGAGAGCGAUCCGGACACCAGUUUGCCAAAUAUCGUUCACGCUUUCCAAACUGCAGAAUCUAUCAGAAAGGAACAUCCUGACAUGGAUUGGUACCACUUGACCGGUUUGAUUCACGACUUGGGCAAGAUAAUGGCGUUCUACGGGGAACCACAAUGGGCGGUUGUGGGUGACACGUUUCCCGUGGGAUGCGCUUGGGCCGAUUCUAUCGUCUACAGGGCAACUAGCUUCGAAGAUAAUCCGGACGGUAAAGACCCUCGAUACAACACGAAAUACGGUAUGUACAAACCAAAGUGCGGCAUCGACAAGUUACUGAUGUCCUGGGGUCACGACGAAUACCUGUAUCGCGUCCUGGUGCACAACAAUACCAAACUACCGAAGCAGGCAUUAGCCAUGAUUCGCUAUCAUUCGUUUUAUCCAUGGCACGCGGGUGGCGACUACAUGCACUUUUGCACCACCGAGGAUAUGGAGAUGCUGAAGUGGAUCAACGACUUUAAUAAAUACGAUCUGUACACCAAGAGCGGCGAAGUCCCGGACAUCGAGAAAUUGUGGCCGUAUUACGAGAAAUUGAUCGACAAGUACAUCCCAGGUGUAUUAGAAUGGUGAAAAUGGAAAUCGUAGAUUCUUGGGCCGUGCGUGUAACGCACCGAUUACUGGCUAUCGUUUACCUGCUUCCAACCAUCGGGCAUCGUGCGAUCGACGAGCAUUCCUAUCUGCGAUAACGAUAGUACAAUGGAUCGGACGAUACUGUACUUAUCCUUUAGUCGCUAGCUUGAUACGCAAUCCGUUUCGCUUUUGUCCGUUGCCGACGAAACUCGACUGGAAGAAAGCGCGAUGAAAGAGAAAUAGUCGAGUCGAGUCGUAGAGAACGAAAUCGGUUGAGCAAAGCGGUGGAAGAACGGAGAAAAUUAUAGCGUGCAGGAGCGAAUGAAUAACGGGGAAUAACGAUGAGCGACGUGUUUGCGUUUCGUUCCUUUUCAUCGAUUAUACGACUCGUGACUUUCAAGUUUCGAAUUUCGAAGAAAGUUCGCGGUAUAAUCGAUAGGAUCAGGGAUCGGCGCGAAAGUAGGACUAAUGUCGAUUGAAUAGAAAAUCCAGCGACCGUGAGUUCCGAGAAAAGAGCUGACUAAGACAGGGAAAAAGAGGGAAAAGUUGGGACAAGCUGGAAAUUGUCGUAUCGACCGGAACACUCAUAAAAUUCUUACGUUUACUGCGCGUUUCUUUUCUUUCUCUCGUUUUUGUUUCCUUUUGCUCGAUUUCUAGCACGCGCCCUCGUUUUACCCUUAGCUCUCGCCGCGUAUAUGUUUAGCCAUUUCUUUGCUUCGAUUCGCUCGAUCGAGUAUCGCUCUUUACCGUUUCGUAUUCCAAAGGAACGGAGAGUCGUCAGCGCGAGACUCGGUGGUCGAUAUAAUAUAAUAAUUUAUGCAUUCUUUGCGACUAGUCUUUGUUUAAUAUUCGUCUAAUAAAGAAUUCUUGUUAUACAAUCGCA